GAGUGGAGGUGCGCUCGAUUUUACUCCUUUGUUUUUCCCCCUCGUUUCCUUCUGAUUUCGUCGGAUUCGAACCGCAGCAUAAUUAGGGGUUCUUCAAAUCCUCGAGGAGGUUGGAGGAGUCAGGAAAUCUAGGUUUUAGGUCGCGGAAUUUGGCCGGAUGUGGGGAGAGGGAGGGCGGUUCUACUGGGGGAGGUCGGAGGGAGAAGGAAGGAGGGAAGCGAAGGGAAUCGCCGUGCUCUUCUCUUGGCUCUCAAGCCAGGAGAGCGAUCUGAAGCCUUUCCUCGAUCUGUACUGGUCUCUAGGGUGGAGUCCCCUCGUUUGCCACGUCGACUUCCUUACGCUGUAUUACCCUGACAAGGUCACUUCACUUGCCCAUGGUGUGCUCGACGAGCUUGUGAAAGUGAUAAAGAUCAAGCAGUUACCUAUUGUGUUCGUUUGCUUUUCUUUGGGAUCAAAAGGCUGCAUGGAUAGAAUUCUUCAGGUUCUUGAUGGAAAGUGGCAAGGAGGACAUAUACCGGAUGAAUAUCGGCUUAUUAGAGACUGUGUCUGUGGUCAAAUACAUGAUUCCGGUCCAGUAGACUUCACCAAUGAAUCGGUUGCUCGAUUCAUCCAUCAUCCGAGUGCUCAGCGAUUGUUUAGACUGACAAGAAUAACCUCAUGGGCAGCAAGAGCCAUGACGUCUGGUCUUGGUAAUAUUUUCGCAAGUAGACUUGAAGCACAGCGUGUUGAGUAUUGGAAGACCUUAUACUCAUCGGCGAGUAUGGGUGCUUUUCUCAUAUUUUGCUCGGAAGAUGAUGAACUCGCAUCGUACCAAACCAUUGUCAACUUCGGUCAACGGCUGAAGGAGCUUGGCGGUGAUGUCAAGCUUGUUAAAUGGAGCAAUUCCCCUCACAUAGGACAUUACAAGCAUCAUCGAAAUGAAUACCUCUGUAAUGUCGUCGAGUUGCUGGACAAGGCGGGCGCAACAUUUUCCCAAAGAUGUAUCAAUAACGGAGCAGCUGCGGAUCUUGGAAGUGCCUGCAACAGCAUACUAGAGUCCAUUUGCAGCCUACGCGAAGCGGCACUUACCUCAACCGAAUGCCUAAGAAAAGUCAUCGUCGAACCCGAUGAUCACUUCACCUUACCCAGCCCAAACGACAACUUCGAAACCAAGAACGGAAGCUCUUCAAGCAACGAUCAAACUAGUAACUCAUUCACUCAGCCCAGCAUCAAUCCACAAGGAGUUCUGAGCCAAAUUCUGUUUGAUUCAUGUGUUCCUAAGAACGUCGAGGGCUGGGAUAUAAAGCCAAGCAUCUCCUCCAAAGGGAAGAAGCAGUGCUUCGGCUCUGGGCACCGUAACCGCGGUCCCAUGAAUCCCAUGCGAUACAUUAGACGCUCGAGAUUGUGAAAGUUUUCGUGGCAACGAUAUCGUAUGUACAUACACUUUGAUGUGUAAAUACAAGGUGACUACUGAGAUUCACGAUCGAGAAAGGGUUCAUGCCACGUAGAUUAUGCAAGAUAUUUUGUUUCCUUCUUUUUUUCUCCUUCAAAAUAAAAUGUAUGCCGGUGUAAUUGUAAUAAGGAAAUGCUGAAAUUAUGUACAUAAAGAGAAGUUUAUGAGGUAGUCUCUCCUGUUAGAUUUCA